AUGAGCCCCUCCAACCCCGCAGCCGCCCCGGCGGCGGCCGCCCCGAAUCCCGCGGGCCCCUUCGACAUGUGGCGGGACUACCUGGGGCUGGCGGCGCUGGUGGCCGCGCUGCCGCGGGACCCCCCCGGGGGGGACGGGGGGGACCGGGACAGAAAUCCCCCUUCCCCCGGCCCCCCGUGCGCCUUCUGCCGGCACAACGGCGAGGCUCCGGCGGUGUUCCAGGGGCACAGCCUGCGGGACGCGGCGGGGCGGCUGCAGUGCCCGGUGCUGCGCAGCUACGUGUGCCCGCAGUGCGGGGCCACCCAGGACCGGGCGCACACGCGGCGCUUCUGCCCCCUCACCCGCCGCGGUUACACCUCGGUGUACGACAGACCCGCGGCCGCCGCCAGGAAUAGAGCCGGGGAUGGAGCCGGGAAUAGCGCCGGGAGCAACAGGAAUGGCACGGAGGGCACCGGGAGCGGCACCGGGAGCGGCACCGGGAGCGGCACCGGGGGCAAGUGGGCGGCGAGGGACGGCGGGAAGUAG